AUGAACGGAACGGUUGUAGAAACAAAUUCCACUGGGCCUUUUCUUCUCAAGAACUUCACCAAUUCGUCGCGAAAUCCAACUCUGCAAGUAGAUCGCUUUGGUGCCAUGACAAUUGUUAUUCUUUCAUUGCAAAUUCUCGUCGUUCUCGUUGGCAGCGUCGGAAACGCCUUCGUUUGCAUCAUCACUUCGCGGAAACGAAGUUUGCAGAUUGUAGGCAACCGCUUCAUAUUGAAUCUCGCAAUAGCUGAUUUGGGCAUCUUGUUGAUUGUCUACCCACACCACCUGAGUAAAGAGUUUUCUCUUUCGUGGCCAUUUGGCGAGUUCGUUUGCAAAACUUUCCUUCCAUUCACUGACAUAUUUUAUGGCGUUGGUAUCGGCAGCAUCACCGCCAUCGCGUUUCAUCGUUAUAGGAUGCUAGUAUACUGUAUGAAGCAACAAAUGAACUUACAAACAGCCAAACGUGUGCUGUUUUUAAUAUGGCUUUUGUCUUUUAUUAUCCUUGUAAUGCCCAAGUUUUUUGUUAUGGAGCUGGUACGCUUUCCAAAAAUACGGAUAUGGAUUUGCCAAGAAAGCUGGCCGAAUCAGUUGUCCAGAAAGAUGUACGAAGGUACAAUCGUAUUGGCGUUUUACGUAUGCCCUCUUGUUUUUAUCUCCUUGACCUACUAUCGUAUCAGAACCAAACUAAGAGACAACAUUCGUCGACAUGACAGUUACAAGCGGGCUAGUUUAAGAGCUAAAGGUAGUGCAGAGGUCAUCUCCAGGAUUGGGCAGAAUCGACGGGCGCUGAGACUCUUGGCUCCUGUGGUGAUUUUUUUUGCAGUCUGUAUGGCACCAGUCAGCUUUAUUACUUUAUUGUCACUAUUCUUAAAAAAUCCAGAGGAAACCUUCAACCGUUUAAAAUAUAUGCCGAUCCUUCAUCGCAUAAUUAAACUGUUGUUAAACAUGAAUUCAUCAGUGAAUCCUAUUAUCUAUUCGAUUGUGAACACGGAGUUUCGUCGAGAAUUUUCUCGACUUUUGCGCUGCGCCAAGACCAGGAGCUGCUGUGCCGACACAACACAAGGACUGAGCUUAAGUACCUUUAGAAAAAGUACUUCGAUCGACAAAUCCCGCAGCAAAUGGGGUUCUUUUCUUCUCAACAAGAGGGGAAGCUCCAGCUCAGCUAGGAAAUCCCCAGGCUCUGCAAGGAAUUCCGCCGAAAAAGUGUUCGGAAAAGAAGGCGAGAAGCAAGUUGCAGAUGCAAUUGAGUUGGCACAAAAAGUAUCAAGGCAAAUGGUAGAGGAGAAUAACAAAUAA